UGGCUUCACAUUUGCAUCAACACUGACCGGACUUCACUUUGGCACCACUACAUUGAUGACGGUUAUCCUGAAGAGACUUGGGUAUAUACAGGAAUCCAGUCUUCCAUGGUCUGAGCGUCUAAGAUUUGUAUUAUUUGCCAACUUGUCAAUUGUUGGAAUGAAUGUGAGUUUGAUGUGGAACUCUGUAGGGUUCUAUCAGAUUGCGAAACUAAGCAUGAUACCUAUCUCGUGUUUAUUGGAAGUGGUGUUGGAUGGUGUGCGUUACUCGAGGGACACCAAGCUAAGCAUUUUGUUAGUUCUCCUUGGUGUUGCUAUCUGUACAGUUACAGAUGUGAGUGUAAAUGCAAAAGGUUUUAUUGCUGCCUUCAUUGAUGUUUGGAGCACUGCAUUGCAGCAGUAUUAUGUACACCAUCUUCAACAAAAGUACACCCUCGGAUCUUUCAACUUGUUAGGGCAUACAGCACCUCUGCAGGCUGCAUCUCUGUUGUUGUUGGGUCCCAUCGCAGACAAAUGGUUGACUGAUAAGAGUGUGGCGG